UGACAAUAUGACUAUAACAAAUGCUGCAGCCGACAACUUGACUGUAAUCCAGGGUAUUUCUAAAUUGCCAUCGAAUAUUCUGACAAUGGCUCAUCUGUCCGCCCUCCGUGACCUGAUGUCAACGGAAAAAAUUACAGUUCGCCUAACGCUCCGCGUCUCGGCCCGAGGUCCCCUGGACCCAGAGCUAAUCCUGGCCCUGAACGGGGAGCAGCUAGGACUCUACAACGUAGGGGGGGAGAAUGGACUUUUUUCAGCGCAAAUAUUAGGAAUAAAGCCAGUGGACUCUGGACCUUGAGGUUUCAUCAUUCCAUGCCUGCGCGAGGAUCGCUUCAAUUAUUUACAGAUCAUCGGAAAAGAUCGAACAACUUACCAUAACCCUAAAUGUAUGUUCUCAUGUAUGGUCCACUGUCAAUGUCAUUGCCUCGAUCCUAUCACCAUGUUAAGACAAACGUACGAAAACAUUGUUGUUGUGUGGAGAUGUGUAAUUAAAGAUUAACUCGCAAUUAUCAAUUGUAUACGUUGCACUUUCAGAUAACCCCGCCUAUCAAACGUAGUCGGCUAAUAGCCAAUAGCAUUGUGAAUAGUAGUACCUAGAGGUCCGCCCACUUCUCUGUCAUUUCCUUUCUCCAUGCGUGGAACAGUGCUCAGUCCGGACCUGCACUUUCAAUGGUUAUGAGAGGAUGGGGUUGUCGUUUCUGAAUGACCUCUGUAUAUAAACUUAUUUGAGGAAGACUUAACAAGCUGAUCGGUUGUGUGUUUUCGUGUUAGUGCUAAACGGGCAUCAUGGCAUGCCCGACCUUCCUAGAUGAGACGCUUUCCACAGAGGAAAGGGAAUUUCAAAAGGUAAUUUCUCAGAUCGGCGGAAAAGAGAAGCUGCAUCUGGUCAGUGAGGCACGCAAAACCGAAGAGAAUGAAACUGGAAUCAUGGAGGAGUUAAUCGAAGGAAUGUUUAACAGCACGUCCACAGAUUUGACCGCAGGUGACAACGCUGGCCGGAACAACAACGAUAGCGUACGGAAGAGCCCGUCCUGUCAGCACGGCGACUCACUCAAUGAAAACGGGAUCGUGUGCGAGACUGAAACGCUCGAUGUAACCGCACCUAAGGAAAAGCCUCUCACCGAGUCGUCUGUGGAUUUGGGAAUCGGGGUCAAGCCAACGGGGGAGGACUUUCGGCCGCAACCCAACGGAGACCUUCAAAGAACAGCAACCAAAAGCAUCAACAUGAGUUGCCUGCACAGAACAAUAGCCUCACCUGUUAUAAUAUUUAUUUUUAGUCAGGAGUUCCUGAAGGGAUUGUCGAACAAAGCGUGCGUGAAGGAAAUAUUGAAAGACGUGCGUGCACGUACGAAACGUGCGAACCCGAAGCCCGUGCUGCUGGGUCUGGUCCGCACCACUUUGGAAAGUGGCGACACGCGACAAUGCGUGGAAUUCCUUGAACAUCUAAUUCGCUCAGUCUUUCGGAAACGGCUGCAAGAGGCGAUCUGGGUUGGCACUUUUGUACCAAACCAGAACAGCAAGAUCCUUGAAAUCAAGGAAAACGCCUGUAGAGUUUGGUAUUCUUCUCAAGCAGCAGACCAUACAACGGAUGGGGUUCACUCCUCAAAGUGGCAUAGCAGGUGUUUACCCUGGCCUGUCAGGAGAGAACCACGGGGCCAUGUCUGCAGCUCUCCAACCAGUAAGGAAAGAGGUGAUGCAGGAAGUCUGGAAGAAGGAAUUCCUCUUAAAACCUUUUCUGUGUCAACUGGAUCGCACGCACAAGGGGGAAAAACUGCUGUGGAUAAUUAACAUGGUGACACGUGACUCAAGGGAAUUGGAGAAACCUCAAUGACUGGAUAUUAUUUUCACUGUUGAGCUACCCCCCGGGCCCCACAGCAUGGGACGAACAUCCCAUAAAUGACGCCAUAACGUUGCCAUAAUGUUAACACUGUUAGGUUAACAUCACCUCUGUCGUCAAGGGACCUUAUCGUUUGCUAGCCAGUGCUGACAAAUUGUGUUUCACUGUCAUUACAUUUACAUUCAUAGAGAAGUCUAGAUACAGCUGCUAGCUGAAGGCCACUGACGAUAUUUAGUUUAGUCAUAGUUUGUCAAAAGGUUUUAUAUACAAUUCAACAUAGAGAGAAUUUAACGUAUAUGUAGUCUAAUUAUGUAUUUAAUUUAGUUCAUGAGCUAAAUUAAGAAAAGACAAUGUAAUGAGAAUAUAUUGGGAACAUAAACUGUACAUUUUUUAACACGAAAGAAUAGAAAGAAUGUUCUUAAUGUAAAAAAUGUGUGCCUUUCAUGAGGAGAAUUAACAAUUGCACUAAUGUGACAAAACUGUGAUUUAAAUGUGACACAUUGUUUUUAACCUUUAUUUAUGAUCAUGUAUGCUGCCAUAGUGUGCAUUUUUAUAUAAAUAAAAACUAGCAAACAA